UUGGCACCUUUCUGUGUACAGCGGACAUGUAACAAGGACCAGAGUGCGCACUCAUUUAUUGGAUGCGCCACAAGGAGUUGGUGAUAACAUGGUUCAGUUGCUUCACAGCGGGGGGACGGAAUAAACAAGCUCUGUUUGGACUUGAAUGGACGAGACAACGCUCUAAAGCUGCCUACAAGUGGAAAAAAUACUCAAGUUAUUGCUGCGGAAUAAAAGAUCGUCAUCAACUUACGUUUACAGCAUCAGGAGUGACAGUAUGAGUUCUGCAGGUUCUCCCAAAGGAUGUGGCCCCAGCGUCAGCUCUGUGUACUAUAACCUAUGUGACCUGACCACUGUUUGGGGGGUUGUAGUUGAGGCUCUAGCGGCAGGUGGCAUACUUACCUCAAUUAUUCUGUUCAUCACACUUAUGGGCUCCCUACCAUUUGUAAGUGACAAGAGACGCAAAGGCAUGGUGGCACUACAAGCUGGUGUUCUUAUUUUCAUUUUGGGACUAUUUGGUCUCACAUUUGCAUUCAUCGUAGGGAAAUAUUCCACUACCUGCUCAGCUCGGAGGUUCCUAUUUGGUGUGUUGUUCUCGGGGUGCCUUGCCUGUCUGGUGAUGCAUGGACUGUGGCUUGCACUGCUAGAUAAACAUGGUAAAGGUCCCAGAAGUUGGACAUUUUGCCUUGGUGCUCUGGGACUUUGGCUGGUGGAAGUCAUCAUCAAUACAGAAUGGCUCAUUUUAACUGUAGCUAGAAAUCCCACCAAUGCUGACCCAUACUUGUCUUGCAUUAUAACCAACACAGAUUUUGUCAUGUCCCUUAUAUAUGUUAUGGUUUUGCUGUUGGCAGUGGUGGCAAUGGCUGCCCCAUCUGUCAAACACAAAAACAAGCAAUGGCGCACAGAUGGAACCUUCAUUCUGUUAUCAGGUCUUUUUACAUUGGCAAUAUGGGUGGCUUGGAUAGUUAUGUACCUUUACGGCAAUGGGGCUAUUGGAAAUCCCACAUGGGAUGACCCAACCUUGGCAGUAGCAGUGGUGUCAAACGCUUGGGUGUUCCUCUUCUCCUACACGAUCCCAGAGAUCUGCCUUUUGGCCAGGGAGGGUCCAGAGCAAGAGCAGCCCCCUGAUGGAGAGCACAUCUAUCCUACUCGAAGUCUGGCAUAUGACAACAUCACCAAAGAUGUGGACGAACCAGCACAAAAUCUGUAUCUGGAAAACAAGGCAUUCUCCAUGGACGAAUCUCCAGAAACAUCAAAAUCACCAUAUGCAGCUUUUAAUGGUCAGUUAAGAAAGGCCGUCUACCAGCCUACUGAAAUAGCUCUUAUUGCUAAGGGUCUUACUAUGAUAGAUCAAGAAAUCAAGAUCCCAAGAGCCAACACUCCAAGAGCCAACACCCCCGUUUAAAUCCAGGAAGCAGUUCGUUGUCUAUUCCAUCUCUGGAAUAGUCCGUGCCAUUACUGAUUUCUUCGUGUUUUAAAGAUAGCAAGCAUUUCAAUUUCAAUGUUAAGUGGAAUAGACCCCGAAGUGUAUUUUCUCUAAAAGUGUUUUUCUGUGUAAGCAAUAGUAAAUAAUUAUCAUUUGCUACUUGCUAAAUUAGUUAGUUCCAGUAUUUGGAAUAUAUUUGGCUUCAAAUAAUAUUUAGCAUUUUAAUUUAUUAAAAUAGAACAAAGUGUUCUUUUGAAGACACAAAAUGGAGGAUGAUGCGAAACUAAAAUUCAUGUAAAUGUUGCAGGUAUAGUGUAUGCAAACUGCAUCACUCAUUUACAGGUUUGUAAAUGAGCAUGUUUUCUAACUGAGCAGUAAAAUGAUUACAAUAAACAAAAGAAGUCAUUGGAUUGUGCCAAGUGGUAAACUUGGAAACCAGAGAAGCUAAUAAAAUGGUUUACUAAAUUUAUUUAAAUAAGCAUCAGAUUAUGGUUAAAUCACUUUAAUUCAAUCGAGUUUUUACACACAAUAUAAUGGAGUUUUGCAGUGUUACCAAUAGGAUUAGCGAGAACACAGUACUGGAGACUUCUCAUCCUGUGCAUGAAGCUGUCUUGUGCACAUGGUUAAAUGACCCUUCAGUUACCUCAGGGAACCACCAGUCACUGGCAGCUGGUCCCUUAUGAUCUGUCACCGGGACAACCGGAGUGGACAAACAGAGCUGAUUGUUUAAUGGGUCAACUCCAACUAAAGACCAGCUACUGGUCUAAAUAUAAUAAUGAUACAUAAUAAAAUAUAAAUAUUUUAUGCUUUGUGUAGGACGAAGAGAAGAGUGUUCACAAAAUAAAGUGAGUGAAAUCUUCAGGGAAUUAUACGUGUACAUUUGUGCCAGCAUCAGAAACCAUUGUAGAGAAUGCUGACUUACAUGAUUGACUAAACAACUAAACAACAUUUUAAUGUUUGAAAUAAAAAUAUUAAUCUU